AAUCAUAUGACUUUCGUCACGACGAGCUACUGCGCCUAUUGAUUUGUGUCUCGGUCCUGAUUCUUGCUCGACAUAGUUUUUGUGUGUAUCAGAAAUGGCGAGCCAGACACAGGGAAUCCAACAAUUGCUGGCAGCUGAAAAGCGCGCUGCCGAGAAGGUCUCAGAGGCGAGGAAGCGGAAAGCGAAACGCCUAAAGCAGGCCAAGGAAGAGGCUCAAGAUGAGGUAGAAAAGUACAGACAGGAACGCGAGAGGCAGUUCAAAGAGUUUGAGGCCAAGCACAUGGGCACCCGGGAAGGCGUUGCUGCUAAGAUCGAGGCUGAGACCAAGAUCAAGAUCGAAGAGAUGAAUAAAAUGGUCAAGACACAGCAGGAAGCGGUGAUCAAGGAUGUUCUCAACCUGGUCUACGACAUCAAGCCAGAGCUGCACACCAACUACCGCCUUAUCUAAGCGUAUUUAUUUAUAACAUACCUGUUUGUCGCGUAUUACUCUUGCGAUCAUCAUCUAGUUGUUAUUGUUAUGGUAAUUCCGUUUAUUGAUAGGCACUUAGCGCGGCAGACACAACGCGGGAAACGAACGCCAAGAAUCGAUCAAUUUGCAGGCAAUCGUGAAUUUGAACAUCGAUUUUUUGGGAAAUUAGCAAUAUUAUAAUCAGUAACAUCAAGUUUUGCUAUCAACCUCUCUGCACAAAUACUUACCCAGAUUAAAUGGCGGGUUAUUGGCUUUCAAUAUAGAUACUAAAUGUCGUAAUUGAAACUUUAACUUGUAAUUUAAUUAUAAUAAUGGGUUGUACUGUUUAAAACACGCGGGAUCUGUCUGUUAGCUGUAAAUACAAGUAUUGCUUGGUUUCGCCCUAUUUAUAACAAAAUAAUCAUUCAAUAUUCUAUGUGUUAAGAGAUCAGCUCGGUAUCAUUCCAAAAUACGUUCGAAGGUCCGAUUAUGAACACAAAAAAAAUCUAUAAUCUUUAAAUUGUAUGUUAUUCAAUGUUGUAUGUUGAAUAGAAAAUAUAUAAAGUUUUAAAAAUAAA